GGAUACGAGAUUUAGGUCUAAGCAUAGUGUGCCCCGUCGGCAACUUUUGAGUAACUCUGUGAUUUAAGUUAAGAAUAGUUGUCCAUUAUUUUGAUCACAAUGGAUUCUUGCAAUUAUGAGAAGAAGACUUAAGGUGACCUUCUAUGAGCCAUUUGUUGAGUAGCCUACCUGAUGGAACGAGAAUGGUGUAAUUGCGGCCUGCAACUCGGGGUGUUUCCUGCAUGUGGGCAUUCCUGCAAACCGGCUUCAGACUUGAGGAUUAACAUAACAUGGAGAAGAACAGGAUGGCAUUGUGAUGGAUUCAAAUACCGGUAGACACUGCAGCAAAUAGUGAACACAGUGCUUUUGAAAGCAAUGGGAGUCCUACAUGGCAUCGCAGUGGCUUAAAAUGGGAUCCGGGUCAAGUGCUUCUGAUAAUAUUCCAUUGGUUGAAAAGGAUGAGUCAAAAGAGGAUGUUGUCCUUUUUGAAAAACUGGAUUUUGUGAUUAUUGGCUACCAUGGUGCUGGAAAGAAUAAAGCAGGAAACAUCAUCCUGAACAAAAAGGAAUUCAGUUACUGGACAUCAUGGAGCAAACAAGCUGUGAAGAAAGAGUCCAACUCAGGCAAUCAUAAAAUUACUGUGAUCCGCACUCCAGGUUGGUCUGGGAAAUUAAGUACGGAGACAAAACAGCAGAUUCUAAAAUCUGUCCAGUCGUCAUUUACAGAUGGACCCAACGCUCUCCUCUUGGUUAUUAAAAUCGGUUGUACAGACUCUCUAGCUAUUUUCACAAAUGAAGAAGGAAAAAGCAUGUUUGAAGAAAUGUUCACUGAAAAUGUAUGGGAAAAUAUAAUAGUGCUGUUCACAAAUGAGAAAGGAUUGAUGAAAGAAAAUAUGCCUAUUGACGAAUACAUUACUAAACUUAAACUUGACUGGUUGAUAGAGAAAUGUGAAGGAAGGUAUUUUUGUCUUUCCGACAUAAAUUCAUGGAAGGUUCAGAGUAGGGAGCUGAUCUACAAUUUAGAGGUAAAUAUAGCUGAGAACAAAAAUGAGAAUUUCAACAUGGAAGAUAUUGCCACAGAGAAUAAACUGAAGAAAAAGACAUCUCUGAAAAAAAACCUUGAAAAGAAGUACAACCAACUUAAAUCACAUCUGCCAAGCUAUAAGAAGAAUAAGAAAAAACGUGAAUCCAUUGAGAUUAAGAUAGAAAAACUGGAGAAGAUCAUUAAACAGAAGACUGAAGAAAUACAAGAAUUACAGGCUCAAAUUGAUCAGUUAAGUCCCAAAGUAAAGAAACAGACAGAAGAGGACAAAGAAACAAAAGAAGAGUUGAAGCAAACAAAAGAAGAGUUGAAGCAAACAAAAGAAGAGUUGAAGCAAACAAAAGAAGAGUUAAAGCAAACAAAAGAAGAGUCGAAGCAAACAAAAGAAGAGUCAAAGCGAACAAAAGAAGAGUUGAGGCAAACAAAAGAAGAGUUGAAGCAAACAAAAGAAGAGUUGAAGCAAACAAAAGAAGAGUUGAAGCAAACAAAAGAGUCGAAGCAAACAAAAGAAGAGUUGAAGCACACACAAGAAACGUUGAAGCAAACACAAGACAAGUUGACAGCAACUGAGGAAAUGUCCACUCAUAGAAUCACCAAAAAGGGGAAGUGGCAGAACACACUUCACAACAUCUUGUGUGAACUCCUUGAAGAUGAAUUCAAAAAACUGAAGCACUUGUUGACUGAAAUCCCCAGCGGAAAACUGGAACAUUCAAAACAACUGGAUGUAACAGAUAUGAUGAUAAAAGCCUUUGGAUUUAAUGAAUCAAUCACAAAAACACGAGACCUCAUGAAGAAGAUACCACGCAAUGACCCAGCUGUGCAAGACAUGCUGGAGCCCUUCCUAUCAGCAAUAGGAGAAGCAUGGUGAUUUAAAUAUAAUUAAUUAAAUACACUACAUGCUCGUUGAACAUCUCAUUACAAAAUCAUGGCCAUUAAUAUGGAGUUGGUCCCCCCUUUGCUGCUUUAACAGCCUCUACUCUUCUGGGAAGGCUUGCCACUAGAUUUUGGAACAUUGCUGCAGGGACUUGCUUCCAUUCAGCCACGAGACCAUUAGUGAGGAUGGGCACUAAUGUUGGGUGAUUAGGCCUGGCUCACAGUCGGCGUUGCAAUUCAUCCCAAAAGUGUUGAAGUUGAGGUCAAGGCUCUGCGCAGUUCAGUCAAGUUCUUCCACACCAAUCUCAACAAACCAUUUCUGUAUGGACCUCGCUUUGUGUACGGGGGCAUUGUCCUGCUGAAACAGGAAAGGGCCUUCCCCAAACUGUUACCACGAUGUUGGAAGCACAGGAUUGUCUAGAAUGUCAUUGUAAGCUGUGGUGUUAAGAUUUCCCUUCACUGGAACUAAGGGGCCUAGCCUGAACCAUGAAAAACAGCUCUAGACAAUUACUACUCCUCCACCAAACUUUACAGUUGGCACUAUGCAUUCGGGCAGGUAGCGUUCUCCUGGCAUCCAUCAAACUCAGAUUUGGCUGUCAGACUGCCAGAUGAAGCAUGAUUCAUCACUUCAGAGAACUAAUUUCCACUGCUCCAGAGUCCAAUGUCGACGAGCUUUACACCACUCCAGCUGACGCUUGGCAUUGCACAUGGUGAUUUUAGGCUUGUGUGUGGCUGCUCUGCCAUGGAAACCCAUUUCAUUAAGCUCCUGACGAACAGUUCUUGUGCUGACGUUGCUUCCAGAGGCAGUUUUGAACUCGUAGUGAGUAUUGCAACUGAGGACAGAUGUUUUUUACACACUACGUGCUUCAACAGUUGGCGAUCCAGUUCUGUGAGGUUGUGUGGGCUACCACUUUGCGACUGAGCUGUUGUUGCUCCUAAACAUUUCCACUUUACAAUAACAGCACUUACAGUUGACCUCUAGCAGACCAGAAAUUUGAUGAACUGACUUCUUGGAAAUGUGUCAUCCUAUGUCGGUGCCACGUUGAAAGUCACUGAGCUCUUCAGUACAGGCCAUUCUACUGCCAACGUUUGUCUAUGGAGAUUGCAUGGUGGUGUGCUCAAUUUUAUACACUUGUCAGCAACAGGUGUGGCUGAAACAGCCAAAUCCACUCAUUUGAAGGGAUGUACACAUACUUUGUAGUGUAUGUGCUACUCACUUCACUCAGUUCAUUAUUGGCAACAGUCAAUGUCAUGGAUCUUUGUCAUCUUUUCGGUUAGAUUUGUGUAUAGUCAUAUAAGUAAAUGAACCCUUUUCUUGUUAAUAUUGUAACUAUAAGCAAUAUCAGUUUCCUUUUCCAUAUUAAAUUUUGAUAUUGUAUUAUAUUGGCCCUUUGAUAGUUUUCUAAACACAAAUGUAACGGUCUGAGUGUAGUGGGUGAGGAGUCAGGCGCAGGAAGCAGAGAGUUCAGGGGAGUGCUAUUUCAAUGCGCAGAGAAACGGCGAACUUAAGCCAACCCCACGAAAACACAGGGCGAAAAUGAACAAACAAAUGUCCCAAACAGGGGGACUUAAACUGUCCAGAAAAACCCCACAAAAUGGGAAAACACGAAACCCAUAGACGUGCACACAAGUACACCAAACAGACUGUCACAAUAAUUAAUCCCACACAAGGAACCAGGCGGGCCGGCUGACUAAUAAAGCCUUACUACUAAAUACCUAACUCAAAACAGGUGCACUCAAUAAACACAUAAGGAGGGGGAGGAAAUAGUCAGUGGCAGCUAGUAGGCCGGCGACGACGACCGCCGAGAGCCACCCGAACGGGAAGGGGAGUGUCCUUCGGUCAGAGUCGUGACAACAAAGAUGUGACACUGUUUGUGUAUAAGUGUUCGGGAAUAACAGGCCAGAGACAAAAAAGAAAAUUAGACAAAAAAGAAAAAAAGAAAACAAGUAAAAAUGUUAUGGAUGACUCAAGCAACUGUUCAGAGACAAUGAAUGAUACAAUACAAUGGUGCCAGGGUUGCCACAGUGGAUUGAGGAGAGAUGAGGAAAAUUAACUCUGACAAAGACAUGGAGAAGAUCAAGAGGCAUUUUCAGAUAAGGAUCAACUCUGGUGGAGGGGAUUGUGGAAAAGGUGGGAGACAACAUGUAUAAUGUCGCUUCAGGGAUAAAGACGGUAAGGAGUUCAAUUUAAUUGUAUGUGUAUGUGUAUGUGUGUAUGUGUGUGUGUGUGUGUGUGUGUGUGUGUGUGUGUGUGUGUGUGUGUGUGUGUGUGUGUGUGUGUGUGUGUGUGUGUGUGUGAGAGAGAGAGAAAAAACACUAACUAACCAGUACAAACAUCAUGUUCCUCUCAGCAUUAUGAGAACCCAAUCAAAAUCCAUCAUAAAAGGCAUCGGGUAGAAGUAAAUUCAAAUAUAAUUUGACAUACUGUAUAUCUUAAAUGACUGCGUUUUCAGUAUAAUCUUGAACCGCUCAAUUUGACCUUGUCCAGGGGUGCCUCCAGGGGUCACUGCUGAGGGAGAGGGAGCUGGAAGAGGUGUACGCCCACGUGGCAUGGUGCAUCCUGGGAAGGUGGGGAGACAAGGAGAGUCUCCCAAGGAGACCAUUGACAGAUUGGAUGAACAGAGAGGCUGGUGAGCCGUGGUUGUGAAGAGGAUGGAGGCGACUACCACUGCUCAGGGUUCGAAACACAUCAUCAAGCUGAAACACCCGGAGAACCUUGUCGACUACACAGAGUAUCAGAGAGUGAAUGAGGGCUUCAGGAAGACUGCCAUGUGCUUAAGAAUGAUAUAAAGAACCCGGCUGCCAUUGUCUUCUAUCAAAUGGAAUCUAGGGUAGGGAUGUCCUUGUCUCAUUGCACACCAGCGACUCCUGUGGCGGGCCAGGCGCAGUGCGCGCUGAAGAAGGUUGCACGGUGUUUCCUUUGACACAUUGGUGCAGCUGGCUUCCGGGUUGGAUGGUGCUGUGUUAAGAAGCAGUGUGGCCAGGUUGGCUUGUGUAUCGGAGGACGCAUGACUUUCAACCUUCGUCUCUCCCGAGCCCGUACGGGAGUUGUAGCAAUGAGACAAGAUAGUAGCUACUACAACAAUUGGACACUACGAAAAAGGGGUAAAAUAAAAAAUAAAAAAAUAAAAAAGAAUACUAAGGUCAGGGUGUGACAGUAUGUGGUGUAUUAAGCUGCUAGUAGCCCAUGUGGCUCACCCUAAUAAUUUGGUAUAUUUUUCCUUCUUAACUUUGCCUUCUGUUCUGACUUGGUGGUGCACAUGUAGCCUAUAGCCUGUUUUAGAGAAAUGUAAUCAUCGAAUAUUGUAAGAGCUUUCGUUGUCUGCCUAUAUGCCCCCAUUAUUUAUCCUACAUUUCUGACUUGGUGUACAGGAAGUAUACUGUAAGAACGGUCCAUGUUCUGAAUUCUGUCUCUAUACAUUUCAAACGUGCUAAACAAAUAGUCAUAUUGACAAUGUCGGUCCUACUGUAGCUGGCUCAUUAAUGUCUUAAUCGAAAUUACGGAUUGCCUCUUAUUCGCUCAUCACUCCCUUAUACCCUACUUGUACAUCUCAAUUGUCAGUAGAAACCACAUUUGUUUAAGCAAGAGCCAUAUCAGCUAUGUUUUUUAAAAAGGCAGUAAAUGAGGCUGAAUGAACUGUUUCGUUGCCAGACAAGGCUCCGCUGAUAGCCAGGUGUAGCAGUGGAAAGGUAUUAGGACUGCUGUUGGGACAGCUUUAUGUAGGCCCCUAACAUUUUGUGGGCACCGUUUGUAACAAUUAAUGUAUUGUUUCGUCUUGUGUUGUGGCUUUGCUGGCAUGCAUAAGUAUAUAUAUUUUUUGGCCCCACAAAGAUUUUCUUGCUAAAAUCACCACUUGUGUGUUCCAGUCUGAUCACGGCAGGCUGACAUGGACAGAGCGUGUCAGCUGAUAGCUAGUCUGGACUGUGCUGCCCUCAAGCCCCAUUUAUACCUGGUGCAAACAUGAGUCUGUUGUCCUGAUGUAACAUUUUCAUUUUAGUCAUGUAGCAGACGCUCUUAUCCACAGCAAUGUACAGUAGUGAGUGCAUUCAUUUCAGCACUUUUAUUUAUUUUGCACACUUUAUCCACAUUCUGAUUGUGCCCAUUUUUAUACAGGUGUAGACAAUUAAAACACCAUUUAUGAUCAGAUCUUUCUUUCCACCUCUGGAGGUAAUCAGACACGCAAUGUGUCUGGACAUCUCUCAAGUGUUGACUGAUUUGGACAGUGAAACCUUUUAAAUCAUAAUUACCAGCCUUCUACAAUCAUUGACAGGUGGUCCCACUGACUUAUGGCAUCAAUAUGUCUUAACCAGACACUGGUUUUGAAGUUUGCAGCCGGGGCUACCUCAUCACGUGACCAUUAGCGUCAGGUAUAAACGAGGCUUCAGACAGGUCUAUGGACAGGCCCAGCUCACUGUCAAGUUUUUGUUAUUAUACAUGGAUCAUGUAGCUUCACAAAAGAGUCAACAUUUUCUAAAUAUGAGUGUAGUUCAAUGUAACCAACAGUUUAUAGAAUGGGCUUGAACAUUAAUGCAUGGUUCAAUAUAUAAUCAUGUUGCAUUACAAUAUAUUUACAUUUUUAACCACAAUGUGCAACUUCUAUCGAUGUUGAUGAAAGGUUAAAUGUCCUUUCUCUUUUGACUUCUAUGCAAGAAAAAUACUUAAAUAACCCAAAUUAAAAACAUCAAAGUUAACUAAACCAACAUAUACAAUAUAUACUUUUUUAUAAAUGUCUUGUGAAAUCAAAUAAUUUCUUAUUGCUUUAUCUUGUAUGCCUACUUUGAUUUCUGUUCAUUAAAAUGGAUUGAUGCA